AUGGCGAAACGAAUUUCCUCCAUUUUCUCCCUUUCACUCACACGAGACGACAAAGCAUAUGAACAACCACAUGCUCAUGCUUCCCAUUACCUCCAGUCUGAACCAUCGGCAAACCCUGGCGAGGGAGGCCCCCAUAAGCUGCACAAACAUAGUCCUGCUGCGUCCUCCGACUUCAGUAUCGAAAAUGACCUUCCGCCUCUUAUGCCCCCUCCGUUUGUCUCUGACGAGGGUGUCUUCAGACCUCCGAGUAGCCAAAGAAGUGGACCAGACAGCAGACUCGGCAGCCGGGCGAGUAGUCCUGCCAGUCUGACCCUUGUACAGAGUCGCGAGGAGAGCCGGAGUCGGCCUCAGACUCCUGUCUUUCCAGCUUCGCCAGGCACGUCUGCAAUCCACAGCGCCGGUCCACCAUCGGCGGUACCAUCCGGGAGGAUCAAGAAAAAGAGCUGGGCACUCACAAAACCAGGAGGACGGAAUAAUGGUGAAGGAUAUGCGCAAGCUUGGAUUGCUGGAUUGCGAGAAUUGAUACCCUAUGAUCUAACCCCCUUAAUGAAAGGAGAGAAGGUACCGGAGGCGUGGAGCGACCAGGGUGAUACCCUGAUCUAUCUCUACCCACCUUCGUCGAAGAAAGGUCCAUGUUUCAAAGUCCAUUCGUCACUCUUGAUGGAUUCAAAAACGCUUGUCAAUCUGCGAUUUGCAUGUCCGACAUCUCCGGUCGAGAAUGACGAUGAUCUGCAGCAACUUCAGCUCGCUCUCGCAGAACUGACCACUACCUCGCAGGGCAUUCGACCGUCUUCACAAGCAAGCUCGACGGCCUCUAGACCUUCCUUGAACUUUUCCGUGCCUAGUGCUAACACCUUCGUCAACGACCAAAAGCACGUCUACCUCCCUCUGGGCUUUGACACGGAUCUAUCCCUCCCUGGAACAGAACCACAAGGCAACGACCUUGAAUUGGUUGUUCUUUACCGUAACUUUUUCGCAUUUCUUGCCGGCGGUGCUUUGGUGGCUACCCCGAGACAAGUAACUGUGUUUUCGAUCAUGAUGGGCAUCAGCACCAUCCUAAAACGGUUUUCGUUCACGAAUUCCGACGGUUCAACAUUUGGGGAAGUGCCGACUUCGAGCUUCGCACGAUAUUGUGAAGAGUUGAGAUUGGGGGACGUACGUUCGAGCAGAGAAAAAACAAUCGAGGCCAUCGUGUUGGGAGAGCAACUUAGGUCGUGGCUUUUAUACAACGAAGGCUUCACACAUGCUGUGGGUAAGUUGGCUGACAUCAAGGCAAUCAAAAGCCCAAAAUUCGAAAAGAUAACCUCCACUACCGUCGCGCGUCUGGAACGUGCACAAUUGGAAUUAGAGCAGAAGCUAGUCAACCUCACCGGAAAGUUGAACGAUUUCGACUUCCCGUCGAUGUUCGCGGGUAUCGCAAAUUCUCAGUCCUCUACCGAGGCCAAGAUGAUUCGUUUCAAAGAAUGGAAAGCGGCCUUCCUCGAUCUUCGAAAGUUCACGCUGUCUUACUACCGCCGUCGAUAUGGAUCUUGGCCACCGAAGGCGUCCUCUAAGAAGAACAACUUCGAAGAGAACGGCCUGAACAGAGUCCUUCUGAAAGAACUCUACAAAGAUUUUACUGAUUUGUAUGACAUUCUCGUCGACCGAACAAGCCCAACCACAAGGACUGCCAACAUGCCUCCGAUGGCUGAUGAUGCUGAGACUAGUGACCUCAACGAGACAAUUCAGCAUGCGAUCAGGCGCGUUGAGAGCGAAUAUGACCGGGCAACGCCUCCAGUUCUGCCUCCCAUGCCCUUCGAUACGCCUCUCCUGCCACAGUUCUCCCACAGCUUCAAUCGUACACAUGUGGUAAUUUCGGACAAGACGGCAUUGCAAAGCAAAAAAUUGCGAGAAAAUGAGGUCAACGAAGUCUUGUUGGGAUCAUACAACCGGACCUCAAUCAACGCAAGUCCCUUUAUUCAAGAGUUUUUUGGCUAUGAGCGCCGUUUAGGCCACGGAAAGGUACUCGAUCAAAUUGUCGAUGCCCGGUGUGGACAAUGGCUCUUUUUGUAUGCCGUUCUACAGGCACUCCCUUUGGUAGUUGUGGAUGCGCGGAAUCUAAAAUACACCGAUGGAGUUGAAUACUUCUUGUGCAUUGCUCCUCGAGGCAGACCGUGGAUGAAGGAAGACUCGUCAGGAUUUAGGUCAUUGUCCUUUGUCGACAAAAGUGGUGUUGCCGUUGAUUGGACAGCCGAACAGAUCGAUCAGAGUGUCGAAACAAUCUACGCACGAAGUCACUGCUGGACAGCAGCCACAGCAUGGGUACACGCGAAAGAAGACGAAGGUCAGCAAGUGCACCUGGGCCGUACAUCCAGUCCACGAAUCCUGCCAUUGGAUCCUCCCAUCGCCCCUCCACAAUAUCUCAACCCACCGGAGUCACCUUAUUUGAGUCCGUACGCCUCACCACUCCUGAGGCCAUCCUCGCCAACGUACUCUGAUGUGCGAAGUGUCAGUCAUGACAGGAGCUCAGUCAGCUUGGGACUAGAGCCCGCUCAUGCGUCAGCAUCCCGGUCAGCCUCACGGCCAACUUCGACAUUGAGCCACCAAGCAAUCCAAUUUGAGGCGGAUCCAAACAUGACGUUUGACACUAUCUUGGGAACGAAUGAGAGCCCACAAAAGACCAAAGGCAAGAAGGGGAAGAAGUAG